GUUUGACUGUGCAUGGUCCUUUUAUAAAAAUAUAACAAAGCUCUAAUUCCGUUAGUCUACACAAGUUUACCCUAAAAAAAAGUACACAUGGCUUUGUUACUUGUUUUAGCGAUUUUAAUAUGUGGAAAUGCAGUGGAUGGACAAUUUCAGCGAAUGUUUCAACAGAAUAUCGUGGACAAUCCGCCCGACACAGGGAAAAUCCUGAUCCAAUCGGAAUUAAAGACUGAGACUCUGGAAAUGCCCGAGGACUGUGCGAAAAAAGCUAUCUCUGGUGACACAUUGGUGCUUGAUUAUGAGGUUUUACUGAAUAAUAAAGUUGUAGAAGACUCCCGCAACACUGGAGAGAAGGGAGCCACGGAUAAACAGCCACUGGUGGUCCCCACAGGAAAGGGCGCAGUCAUCCCAGGUCUUGAGUUUGGAGCUCUUGGAAUGUGUGUAGGAGAGAAGAGAAAGAUCAUCAUUCCUCCACAUCUCGCUUUCGGAGAGAAUGGUAUUCCUGGGGUCAUUCCAGAGAACGCCGAGGUGACAUUUAUCGUGACGCUGAUGGAGAUCGUGCCCAAGAGCUGGGGGGAGUGGUACGUGGACAUCGUUUGGUCCGCCUGCUACCUCGCCUUUAUUGGCGGGAUCUUCAUUCUGAUGGGGCAGGGAAUCCAGGAGAAGAGGAAGGCACUCAGGAGAGAGGCCAAGAAAGCCCAACACUACAGGGACUAAACCACGUGACUGUGAAACGUGACAUUACAGGGACAUACAAAACACUGUGAUAGGUUCUGUUGAUAUAUGUGUGCAUAUUUAUAAUAAAUUAUCCAUUUUUAUUAGUUA